CCGCCUUAACGGCCCUAUAAUGAAUAGACAGAAUACUAAUUGCAAACUGCAAACAUUUGCUCAUCAUUAAUUUGCUACUAUUGGUAAUAGAGUGUACUGGUUCAAGAAUUGCGUCAAGUAAUUUAUAUUACAUCAGGAUGGAUAAAAAAACGUAUCCUCUGCAUAAAGUGGUACAAUACCGAAAUAUUAAUAAAAUCAGGAUCUUAUUUCCUGAAACAAAAGAUAUAAAUGAAAAAGACGACAAAGGCCAAACUGUGCUUCUUGUUGCGAGCGAAUAUGAGAUACCUAAUGACGCAAUAAUGGAAUUACUGCUGAGCCAUGAAAAGAUCGAUCCAAAACUAACCAAUCAGGAUAGUUUCAAUGUUCUACAUAUGUUGGGGUUCAAAGGAAAUUUAAUUUGGAUCAAAAAGGUCUUGGAAAAGUUCCCGGAUUUGAACGUGGAUGCAGUCACGGAUAAAGGAAAUACACCGCUGAUUUUAGCUACUAAAAUGAAUCAUUUAGAAAUCAUUCAAUAUCUACACAGCAAAGGUGCGUCAAUCAAUCAUAAAGAUGAUUAUGGUUUCACACCACUAAUGAAGGCUGCCAGCUGGGGUUUCACGGAAGUCUGUGAAAUUCUUCUAGACCAUGAUGCAGACACUGGUUUGACUAACAAACGUGGACAAACUGCGUUGUCACAAUCUAUACGCAGGAACAACAUAGAUACAGUGAAAGUCUUGUUAGAGCAUGGAUCGGAUCCCAAUAAAGUAAUUUCAUAUUCUGGCAAGGUUUUCACUCCACUAUCUUCUGCAUGUUUAUCAAAAAAUGCAGACGUGAUGAAACUUCUGAUUGAAUAUGGUGCCGAUGUGAAUUUUCCAAAACCACAUUCGUUGGCCCUUUUUACUUGCGUGAAAAGUGGAUUCGUUGCAGGAGUAGAAGUACUCCUGAAAGCAGGCGUGAAUGUACACGCAAAAACCCACAACGGCGGUACAGCUUUGAAUUCAGCCAGAAGAUAUCACCACAAUGAAAUUGUUCAACUGUUGAUGAACCAUCAUUAAGUUCAACUACAAUUAUCAUAUUAUAUCAUUCCAUCAUUCGGUAUAUAGUACCAAGUGACUUUAAAUACAUUCUAUAUUUAGUUGAAAAGAACGUUUGGAAUACUCUCAAUACUUUCAAUGUCUUGAUGCACCUCUUAAUUUUUACUAGAGAGUCGACUCUUCCAUGUUUGAGUUGUAUAAUAUUAUAUUUUUUUAAAACCAACCUAAAUAAUACCAUCUGAUGCAAUUUCUAGUAGAGUGAAGACGUAUGGUGAAUGGCCACGCAAAAAUAACACAAGCGCUUCUAGUGGGCAAUUUAUAAGUUGUUCAACUAUGAAACAUAUCAAGUUCCUUGUGGAAAGUCAUAUGAGGAAAUUGAUUUUUUUUCCGAAAUAUUAAAGGAGUGAUAAAUCUUCGAGAAAUACGUAGGACAUGAUAGUUUACACACAUCCUAAGUUGGGUGUGUUAAGAAGCUACAGGGCGUUAGUGCAUCAGGGUGAUAUAUAUAUGGUUUCUUCACAAAUAUCACAAGUUGUAUUUAUAUCGUUCAGAUCCGAACCAUAUCUUCUGACUACGUUUGAUUACCAAUCAUCAUAAUUGCAAAAAAGGUACAAUGGCGUUAGUAAAUGAGGAUACAUACAAGGUGGACCAAUAGUGUGGCAAAGUGAGCUAAAGGCUUCGCUGUUUGGGACAGCUAAACAACAAUUUUUGAGAUGGUCUAGGCUUAAGAGCAGCAGAUUUCUAAAAUAUUAUACAUGGUGACUCAAAUAUGUGUCACGUAUCAAAGUUAUACUUUUCUUAUGGGACACCCUGUAUUUUAUUGCAUUUUGAGAUUCUCCCUUGUGAGCUGAUUCAAUCGAUCUAUCACACUUUGAGUUUCAGGGAAACGAUUACAGAGAUAUUAGGUAUGAAAACUCGAGAUAGUUCAACUUUUGGAAUGUCUCUUAUGUCGAAAUUAUGAACCACCCUGUAUUCGUUAAAACUGAAUGUCAGUAGACAGCAAAUCAAAAGUUGAGAUAGGGAAAUGUGAGCCGUUCUGACCAAUAUGGGUACAUUUUACACAGGAAAUUCCGAAAGUUGAAAAAUCUCGAUUUUUAAUAAUCAUUUCCCUCAAACCUAAAGUGUGAUAGAUCGAUGAAAUCAGCUCACAAGGGAAAAUUGAGAAUGCAAUAAUAUAUAGCAUAAAAAAAGUAUAACUUUGAUACACUACGCAUUUUUGAGUCACCCUGUUUAACGCAAAAUAUUUUAGAAAAGCGCCUAGCUAGACCAUCUGAAGAAUGUUUGUUUAUCACAAACAGCGACGCCGUUAUACUGCUUUUUUAUUUUUUCAAUGCAUUUCUGGCAUGGAUUCUAACGAAUAUUAGAAAGCAAUUCAAAUUAGAUGAAUUCAGGAAGAUAAAUAUAUGCAAUUGAAUUUAUCAUGUGAAUCCUUUACCGACGCAAGAAAAAAAUAUGGUUCAGAGUGGAAGAUAUUUCUGAUAUUUCUUUACUUACUAAGUUAUUAUGAAAUGAAUAUAUCACCCUGAUAUCACAAUUCAUCAUCAAGUUCCAAAUUCCAGAUAUUUUGAUUGAAAAUUACUGAGUUAAUAAACAUAAAUGGCUCACUAAAGCACAAUAUUUUCUGAAAAAAACUCCUUUAUAGUGUUCAAUUGUAAUUUCUCUCUCUCUCUCGUUUCUAGAAAAAUUUGUUGAACGCAGUGACAUUUUGGGGGCAAAUCAUCUGAUUUGUCUCACUACAAAUAUAUUGAAAUAAUACGCAUAUUAUUAUUUUAUAGAAACGAGGAGAGAAAAUCCCAUAAAAUCAAGUAAAAUGAAUGUCCUCCUCGAUUAACCUACAGACAGUAUUUAACACUUUCUCAAUUUUUGCCGCUUCGAGUGUGAUCAUAGUAGGCCAAGAAAUCUCCUGACGAAAAUGUUAUAAAUAUUGCAAGGUGUCCGAGAAAAACGUGAAUACAGGGGUGGCGUAUAGCAACUUGAAACACUAUAUUUGCACAUUUUUAUGAACCAUCUCAUAUUGUGAAUGUUAUGUAACAAAUGCAAACAUAAAUAAGUGAUGCAUUGAGAGAAUUUAAAACUUUUUCACGCUACGCAUACUGUAGAAUGUAAGUUGUAAUGACUAAAGGAAUUUAUACUUGGUAUUAGUAUUUAAGUUUUUAAAUGAGUUUCGGUUGAGUUCAGACUCGCCUUUAUUUAUAUUUUAUAUGCUGCUAUUGUAGUUUUGUAUGGUAUGAAAAACAUUUUAUAUUAUAUGACAAUAAAUAUAUUGUUCUCA